AUGAAAUAUCUUUUGCCGCUGGUCGUGUGGUUACUUUUGCUGUCUCAAAAUUUUGUGGAAGCUCACAAUGGGAUUGGACGAGGAGGUAGAGAAGUGUUUUUCUUAAACCUAGAAGAUGGCUACUUCGGUUGCCAAGUAAAUGCCUCCACAGAUGUUUUACAACUGCUUCAGCUUUCGAAACUCUGCGACAAUCACAUCGACUGCUUCCAAGGCAGUGAUGAACAUCGCGACAGGCUCAAGUGUACGAACGACUGCACCAAAGAAGAUGGUGCCGCAUGUCAAAAUGGAGUUUGCCUCGAUGGCGUCUGUCACUGCAAUGACGGUUUUGGUGGUUGCAAUUGCCAGGUUCCAGACGAAAACGAAUGCAAAUACCGGCCCUGUGAUAUUUUCGCCCACUGCACGAAUACUCUCGGCAGUUUUCAAUGUUCCUGCUAUCCCGGAUACCGCGGAGAUGGUUUCCAUUGCGAAGAUAUCAACGAGUGCGAAGACCCGACGCUCGCGGCUCGAUGCGUGGAAAACGCCGAGUGCUGUAACUUGCCGGCCAAUUUCUUGUGCAAGUGCAAACCUGGCUACAGCGGUGACGGCGAAGUUCUCUGCGAAGACAUCGACGAGUGCAACGAACAGCAGCACGCCUGCGGCUCAGAAGCCCUUUGCGUCAACACUCCUGGAAACUACACCUGCGCUUGCCCCCCUGGUUACACGGGCGAUGCAUACUCACAGUGCGUCGACGUGAACGAGUGCGAUUAUGUGGGAGCCUGCGGACGAGGCGCCCUCUGCAUCAAUCAACCGGGCAAUCACAGGUGUGAGUGUCCCAAGGGCUACGAAGGCAAUCCCGAAAUCGAAUGUGUCGAUGUCGACGAAUGUCUCAAGAGUCCUUGUGGUCGUUUGGCUCAAUGUACAAAUCUCAAGGGUAGCUUCUCAUGCGGCUGCCCAGAAGGCAUGGAGGGCGAUCCUAUGACUGGCUGCAGAGAUAUAGACGAGUGCCACCAAAAUGCCACCUGCGGUGCUAACUCGGAAUGCGUUAACACCCAAGGUAGCUUUAAAUGCGAGUGCGUCGCUGGUUACGAGAUGGACUUUGUGCACGGUUGCAUCGACACGAACGAAUGCCUCAAAUCUAAUCCAUGUGCGACUAACGCCAAGUGCAUCAAUGUACCCGGAUCAUACAAAUGCCUGUGCCUGCAGGGUUUCGUUGGUCAGGGUUUCACUCAAUGUAAAAAUAUUGACGAAUGCGAGAAAAAUCCAUGCGGCGAGCACGCCGAGUGUACGGACACUAUUGGCAGCUUCGUUUGCAGUUGUAAGACUGAUUACACUGGUGAUCCAUUUAAGGGCUGCAUUGAUAUCGACGAAUGCAGAGCUCUUGAAAAUCCUUGCGGUGCAAAUGCUAUAUGCAGAAAUACCGACCCUGGUUAUACGUGCGAUUGCCCACCCGGCUACAGCGCAAAUCCUAGUCCUCAAGUAGCUUGUGAUCAGACGGACGUCACAACGCUAUGUAAAUCAAACUUUGACUGCGUGAACAAUGCCGAGUGCAUAGAGGGUCAGUGUUUCUGCAAAGACGGGUUUAAGGCCGUCGGUGCCAUCUGCGAGGAUGUGGACGAAUGUGUGACAAAUCCAUGCGGACCUUCGUCCGUUUGCACCAACACUAAAGGUGGUUUCAAGUGCGAUUGCGAAACCGGUUAUAUCGGUACUCCUCCACACGUAACGUGCAAGGCACCAUGUGACGAGGUCACGUGUAGCGAGCACGCCUACUGCAAAGCAGAUGGUCAAGAGGCUUAUUGCAUUUGUGAGGACGGAUGGACAUUCAAUCCCAACGAUAUAUCAGCGGGAUGCGUCGACAUCAACGAAUGCGAUACGAGCAUCAACGGUCCAUCGGGGCGUUGCGGCAAGAAUGCCCUUUGCACGAAUACGCCUGGAGGAUUCAAUUGCCAAUGCAAGUCAGGCUACUCUGGCAAUGCUCUUAAACAAUGUUUAGAUAUAAACGAGUGUUCUCGAUCGGACGUGUGUGGGCACGGCGCGACUUGUACGAAUACGGACGGUUCGUACUCUUGCACUUGCCCCGAGGAAACGAUUCCCGAUCCUGAUCCCUAUACUAAGUGCGUCGGCAUUGUCACCUGCGACUCGGACAGCGAUUGCCCGGGCAAUGCCGUAUGCGACGCUCAGAAGCGUUGCUUGUGCCCAGAGCCGAACGUGGGCAACGAUUGCAGACACCCUUGCGAAGACCUGUCGUGUGGCCCCAAUGCCCACUGCAUGCUGCUCAACGACGUGGCGACAUGUCUUUGCAAGGCUGGCUUCACCGGCCGGCCAGGAGUUAAGGACGGAUGCCGUGACAUCGACGAGUGCACGGCAAACCCCUGCCCAGCCGGUGCAGUAUGCAACAACGAGGCGGGUUCGUACUCGUGCCAGUGUCCCAGCGGCACGAUCGGCGAUCCCUACAAUGGCGGUUGCGAGCAAUCGCGGCUGCCGCACGUUUGCGGACCCAAUACACCUUGUCCUGCCGGCGAGCAAUGCAUAAAGGACGAAUUCGCCGGUGGUCGAGUCUGCAUAUGUCAGCGAGGUUUCACUCGGGACUCCGAGACCGGCAAGUGUCGAGACGUUAACGAGUGCUUGGAGCCUCGAGACAAACCUGCCUGUGGAAUUAAUGCCAUUUGCAAAAAUUUACCUGGCAGCUACGAGUGUCAGUGCCCUCCUGGAUUCAAUGGGAAUCCAUUUUCGUUGUGCGAAGAAUGCAACAGUAUUGAAUGUCAAUGUCAACCACCUUACAAAAUUGUCGAUGGCAAGUGUGUAUUGGCCGACUGUUCCAAGGGUGAGAAAUGCCCAAAAGGUGCUGAAUGUAUUAGGAUCGCUGGAGGUGUCAGCUACUGCGCAUGUCCCAAAGGAUACCGCACAAAUGAAGAUGGAUCUUGCGAAGACAUGGAUGAGUGCUCUGAGGGUCGACAAGUAUGUGGCUAUGGAGCAGAAUGCAUCAAUCAACCGGGCUCUUAUCAAUGUGUAUGUCCUCCUGGUUAUGGUGGAGAUCCUUACAACGGUCUAUGCUCACCUGCUCAGAAGCGAUGUUCGCAUGAUAACGAAUGUAGAGCCAACGAAAAAUGCGUUCAACCGGGAGAGUGCAUAUGCCCUCCACCAUUUUAUACAGAUCCUUACGACGGGGAUUCAUGCAAAAAUCCGUGCGAUCGAUUCCCAUGUGGUUUGAAUGCCAAAUGCACUCCAUCCGAUCCACCAAAAUGCUUAUGCCAAGCUGGAUACGAGGGUGAUCCACAAUACGGCUGCACAGACGUCAACGAAUGUGCCAACAACCCAUGCGGACGUGGUGCCUAUUGCUUCAAUACUAAAGGCAGUCACGUUUGCGAGUGUCCAAGAGGAACCUCGGGCGAUCCUUACGGACAUGGAUGCGCGGGAACACCGACAGCCAAACAGGAAUGUUCAUCCAACAACGAUUGUGAGAAUUAUCUGGCUUGCGUUCAUGGAAGCUGCGUCAAUCCAUGUGACGAUGUGCCAUGUGGCCCGAACGCUUACUGCGAACCAGAUAAACAUGCGGCUUGGUGUCGCUGCGUCAUUGGCUACACGGAAAAUAAUAACAACGAAUGUGUAUCUCAGUGCGAUGGAUACGUAUGCGGCGAGGGUGCUCAAUGCAUCGUCAGUUACGACGGACCAACUUGUAAGUGCAUCGAGGGUUUCAUGGGAAAUCCAUUCCCUGGUGGACAAUGUUUGCCGGAUGUUUGCUCACCCGACGUACCUUGUCACGAACCCAAUUUGUGCAUCGGCGGAAGAUGCAAGUGCCGAUGCGAAGGUGUACUUUGCGGUGUAGGUGCAAUGUGCGAUCCACACACUAACAAGUGCGUUUGCAAUCCAUAUUUCAUUGGAAACCCAGAUUACCUCUGUAUGCCACCUAUAUCUCCACCAAAAUGUAAACCCGACUGCGGACGUAACGCCCACUGUGAAUACGGUGCUACUGAGUCAACUUGCGUUUGUAAUCACGGUACUCAUGGAAAUCCAUAUCUUGGGUGCAUUUAUCAAGAAAAGUCCGACAAGUGUUCAGCAGCUCGCUGUGGCAUUGACGCCCAUUGUAAUGUGGGUGCUCAGGGGCCCGAAUGCCUCUGUCCAGCGGGCUACGCCGGAAAUCCAUACAUUCAGUGUUACGAUAUUAACGAGUGUAACGGAAACGCAUGUGGCAACAAUGCAGUGUGUAUUAAUACAGUUGGCAGCUAUGACUGUCGCUGCAAAGACGGUCACUUUGGCAAUCCAUUCGUGAACUGCCAGCGCGUGGAAAUGGGAGCCUGCACAGAGCCAGCCUCCUGCCCGUGCGGGCCUCAACUAGCUUGUCCGCUUCAGUACACUUGCGUUUCGGGUCGUUGCGUCGACAAAUGCACGAACAUCAAGUGCGGUCCUCGCUCCGUUUGUCAGGAUGGCGUUUGCCUGUGUCCACCGGGCCACAGAGGCAAUGCCAACGAUCUAAAGCGAGGUUGCCAACCCAAUGGCCAUUGCGCCAAUGAUCUCGAUUGCAAACCACAAGAGAUCUGUUUCCAACUUGGUCGAGGCACCCGCAAAUGCGUCGAUGGGUGCAGCAAACUGCAGUGCGGCCCAAAUGCAUUUUGCAUCACUCAAAAUCACAUGUCCUCGUGUCUUUGCGUUGAUGGCUACUCUGGUAAUCCAAGCAAUCUCAUCGAAGGUUGUCAACCAGGCAAGUCAUCGGUAGAUGUAUCAUGUCGUGAUAAUUCUGAAUGCGAACCUGGCUACUUUUGCCUCGUGGCAUCCAACGGUGUCAGCGAGUGUCUCAAUCCUUGUAGUCAGGUAAGCUGCGGUAUCCACCAAAGAUGCGAGGUCGACAAAAAAGGUCGAGCUACCUGUCGAUGUCAAGAUGCUUACGAAUGGAAUCCAAUAACGUCAAUCUGCGAAAAACCUUCGCUGCCAGACUGUUCAUCCGACAAAGACUGCUCCAGCAGUAAGUCUUGCAGACCAGACGCUUUGGGAGUGUUGAAGUGCACUUCGUUAUGCAAGAGUUUCAAUUGCGCGCUAAAUUCACAUUGCGUUGUUAAAAAUCAUCAAGCGCGUUGCGAGUGCUUACCUGGCUUCACUGGAAAUCCCAAUGACCGACUCGGUUGCCAAAGUGUGCGUCGCGAUGGCUGCGAAAGCGACGCCGAGUGCGCUGAAUCCGAAACCUGUCGACAGAAUGACGUCGAAGGAAUUUUGUCCUGCCAACCUGUUUGUAAUUUACUUACUUGUGGGCCGAACGCGUUGUGCGUCGUUCGCAAUCACAUGGCUAAUUGUGAAUGUCCACCUGGUCCUUAUGCGGGUAAUCCCAACGAUAUGGUUCACGGUUGCCGAAGUGUUCCUUGUGUCUAUAACGCUGACUGUCCUCCUAGUCAGUUAUGCAACCUUCAAAAACAUCAGUGUUACGAUGCAUGCGAUAAGAACGCUUGCGGUCUUAAUGCUGUGUGUAUCGCUGACGAUCAUAGAGCCAUCUGCCAAUGCCCACCGGGUUUCAGACCCAAUCCAUUGGCUGACAUCGAGUGCAGUCCUGUCGACAUUUGCGAGCCAAAUCCUUGCCAUUCAACUGCCGUUUGCGUGGUUGGACCGAACAACAGUCCCGUUUGUCAGUGCUCACCCAAUCACGUGGGCGAUCCUUAUGCGGUUGAUGGCAAAGGCUGCCAGCUUAAAGGACAAUGCUCCACGGAUCGAGACUGUCCGGUGCAUUCCGUUUGUCAAAAUCGCAAAUGCGUAGAUCCUUGUGAUCGAGCAUGUGGCCCGAACGCUUUGUGCGAAAUUCGUAACAGGGAACCAAUUUGCAAGUGUAUCCGUAAUUUUAUACCAACGAGUAAAGGCGCACAAGAUGGAUGUGUUAGAUCGACUAAUCAGUGCUCAUCCGAUGUUGAAUGUGACGAUAGUGUUUGCCUUGAUGGAUAUUGUAGAGCUGUUUGUCGAUUUGAGUCCGAUUGCGCUGGGGGAGAAAAAUGUGUUGAUAAAAAAUGCAUUGUACCCUGUACGAAUCAUAAUCAGUGUCAAUUGAAUCAAGCCUGCUCAAAUAACGUAUGCAUACUCGGUUGCCGAAGUAGUCGCGAUUGUGGCUCUUCUGAAUCGUGUAUCGCUAAUAAGUGCAAAGAUCCUUGCAAAAAUGGAGAUGUGUGUGGGCCAAAUGCUCUGUGCAGUAGUAUAAAUCACACUACCAGAUGCGAAUGUUCAUCUGGUUUUCAAGCUAAUCCUACUCCUCAGCAAGGCUGUAUACGCGUUUUAGGCGCAUGUAAAAGCCAACUAGACUGUCCGAAGCAUCACACUUGCAUGCUGGGUCAGUGUCAGUUGCAAUGCAAAGAUCACGAACAGUGUGCCCAAGGCGAGCGAUGCAGCAAUAAUGUUUGCUACAAAGUUUGUUACGGAGAUAGUAAUUGUCUACCUGGGGAGCUUUGCAUCGAUGGCAUUUGUGAGUCAGGUUGUACCUCCGAUAUUGGUUGCAAUACUAACGAAGUGUGCAUAAAUAAUAAGUGCAGAUGCGCUCACGGCUUUAUAGCUGGGCCCGAAAAGUGUUUGGAUAUAAAUGAAUGCGAGGCAUCUCCAUGCCAUCCAACAGCCAAUUGUUUGAACUUAUUGGGCUCGUAUCGUUGCGUUUGUCCUCAAAAUACGGCCGGUGAUCCAGUAAAGUCUGGUUGUCAUGCACCCGAAGAGUGCAACGUCGACUCGGAUUGUUCUGAAAAGCAAGCGUGCAUAAAGCAACAUUGCUCGGAUCCUUGCUCUUAUGCAGAUUGCGGAGCAAACGCCGUCUGCUCAGUCAUCAAUCAUGUAGCGGCUUGUCAAUGUCAACAGGGAUACAUCGGCGAUGCCUCGGGAUGUUUCAAAGUUGAAUGUCUUUCCAACGAUGAUUGUCCAAACGAUAAAUACUGUAACAGUGACACAAAUAAAUGUGCAAGUCCCUGUAACCAAAUUAAUUGUGGCUAUGGCAACUGCAUAGCUGCCAAUCAUAUUGGAAUCUGUAAAUGUUACGAGGGUUUCCAUCUCGUUGAUGAAACUUGCGUAGAUAUUAACGAAUGUUUGCAAAAGCCCUGCCACCUUACUGCUCUGUGUCAAAAUACCGAUGGAUCAUUCACAUGUAACUGUCCUCGAGGAUUGGUCGGCGAUCCUUUCAAACAAGGCUGCAAACAACCGGGCGAUUGUUUCACGGACUCUGACUGUCCAUUAACGGCAGCUUGUAUCGAUAACACUUGCCGUGAUCCUUGCAGCAUAAUCGGCACGUGCGGCCGCAACGCCGAGUGUCAAAUGCGUGAUCAUGUGCCCGUGUGCAGGUGCAGCGGUCAAACGAGCGGCGAUCCUCGGGUCGAGUGCGUGCAGUACGAGUGUAAUUAUCACAGCGAGUGCGAGGCAUCGAGCGCUUGCUACGAUCACAAGUGCGUCGAUCCUUGCUCGGUGCCGAACGCCUGCGGAGUCGGUGCCGAUUGCCAAGCGCUCAAUCACAGUUUCGUCUGUACCUGCCAGCCCGGAGGUACCGGCGAUCCCAAUCUUGGCUGCACACCCGUUCAAUAUUGCAAAGUCGACCAGCAGUGUCCGACGGGCUCGUCCUGUAACGGCGGAAUUUGCACGGCCCUAUGCACCAGUACCAGAGACUGCAUUGGCGACCAACUCUGCAUCAAGGGCUUGUGCCAUUCGAUUUGCCGGCACAAUGCCACUUGUCCCGAUUACCAGUACUGUUUGAACAACAUUUGCGUGCAAGAACUUCGAUGCGUGACCGACCACGACUGCGAUUACGACGAGCAGUGCGUUAAGAACGACGUUGGCCAGGCUCAGUGUCAAAAAGCCUGCGACUUGAUUGGCUGUGAUCGAAACGCCGAAUGCAAGGCUAAAAAUCACAAUGCUCAAUGCUCGUGCAAAGAAGGAUAUUAUGGCAAAGCGAGCAAUGAUAAAAUUGGUUGUCAACCGAUCGAAUGCUCGUCAAAUAACGACUGUUCGGACGAAAAGAUUUGCGAAAUGCACGUGUGCAGAAUAGCUUGUCUGGCUCACAAUCCUUGUGGACAAAACGCCAUAUGUUCGGUGAAAAACCACGCGCAAAUAUGCAGCUGUCAACCAGGACACACCGGAGACCCCAAGACCGGUUGUUACUUGAUAGAUCACUGUGCGGACUCACCUUGUGCACCAGGAGCUUUUUGCGAGAAUACUCGAGGAUCUUACAAAUGCUACUGCCGACAAGGAAUGGUUGGUGAUCCCUUGGAGGGUGGUUGCCAUGCACCUGGGGAAUGCCUGGAAGACGAGGAUUGCCCGCUGAGCGCCAAGUGUAUCAAAGUUAAAAACCUGAUGAAAUGUUACGAUGCUUGUAACGAAUUGAAAUGCGGGCCCAAUUCUGAUUGUAUUGCUGACAAUCACGAAGGAGCUUGUCAAUGUCGAUCUGAUUACGAAGGGGAUGCAUAUGAUGUUACUAUAGGCUGCCGACCUACAGCGAAGUAUUGUUCUUCCUCUGCCGAAUGCGUUGGAAAUUGUUAUGAAAAUGUUUGCAGACCACCAUGCGCGUCGGAUGAUGAAUGUAAUUUGACAGAUAUUUGUUCAAACGGUGAGUGUUUGGACCCUUGCAAAAUGACCAAUGCAUGCGGUAUCAAUGCUCAUUGUCUCGUCAAAAGUCACAUGAAACAUUGCAGUUGUCCACCAAAUUUCACUGGUAACUCGGAAUUCGAGUGCGUCAGAUUACCAGUUUCAUGCAGCGAUACAAACGACUGCUACGACGACCACACUUGUCGACACAACGUUUGCUUACCCGUGUGCAGCAUCGAUUCCGACUGCGCUUACAAUGAGAAAUGCAUAAACGGAAAUUGUCUAUUAACGUGCAAAGUUAACAACGACUGCUUUUUGGGCGACAUCUGCCUCGAUAACAUUUGCAUGGCUGGAUGCGUCGGCGACGAGGACUGCAAUGCCAACGAGGCCUGCUUGUCGAACAAGUGCGUCAAUCCGUGCGAAGUGAUACCUUGCGGACCGAAUGCCAAGUGUACCGUCAUCAAUCAAAGAGCCACUUGCUCGUGCACCCUGGGUUUCAUACCGAAUCCAACGGCCAAAAUUGCUUGUCUCAGGGCACCAGGCCCAAGUUGCUUAGGCAAUAGAGACUGUUCAGCGGGCCACGCUUGCAUAUCGGGCACUUGUAGGCCAGUCUGCUCGUCCAACUCCAAUUGCUUGAGUAACGAGCGUUGCGAUUCGUCCGGAGUGUGCAAAGCUUUGUGCCGAAUAGACGAGGACUGCCGCAGUGGAGAUAUCUGCGAAGGGCUAGUCUGCACAUCGGGCUGUAGGUCCGAUAUCGAGUGUCAAGACAAUUACAGCUGUUACAACAAUCAAUGCACAGAUUUAUGUACACUGCCAAACGCUUGUGGCACCAACGCCGGUUGCAUAGUCGUUGGACAUCGCAAACAAUGCAGUUGUCCAGCUCAGCUCAUAGGCGAUCCAGUCGUCGGAUGUAAACAAGCGCUGCUGUCCUGUUCCAAAGACUCGGACUGUGCCCUCGGACAGUCCUGUUAUGGAAAAUCGUGUCACGCUACCUGUCGCAGCGAUUCCAACUGUUUGAACGACGAACGUUGCGAGGCUGGCUUAUGCAAAGCGAUCUGCAACAGUGACGAAGAGUGUUCAGUCAAUCAGAUUUGCCAGAAUAGAUUAUGCGACAUUGGCUGUCGCAGUGAUAACUCUUGUUCAGAUAGUGAAUCUUGUAUCAACAAUAAAUGCAAAAACCCAUGUGAAGGUGGCAAAGUUUGCGGAGAAUGUGCGGACUGUCGGGUCAUUAAUCAUUCUGCUCAAUGCAAUUGCCCGGUUAAUUAUUACGGCAAUGCCUUGAUAAGCUGCACAAAAACUUUAAUUCCAUGUGAUGGCAACUGUAUAUGCGACGAGACUGGAUUUUGCGUUAACAUCUGUACCAAGCAAAGCCAUUGCUCUUGCGGUGAGCUUUGCCAAGAGGGAAAAUGUCGAGUCAAAUGCGAUAUAAACAACGAAUGCGCUAAGGGUUACACGUGCGAUGGAGGUAUUUGUGUCGUUGGUUGUAAAACUCAUUCCGAAUGCCCGUCGGCACUGUCUUGUAGUAACGGUCAAUGUACCGAUCCAUGCUUAUCGGAACAACCACCAUGUGGUAUCAAAGCCCUUUGUAGAACCUCAAAUCAUCGAGCCAUCUGCUUGUGUCCCGAUGGUUAUCAGGGUGAACCAAGCAAAGAGUGUUACCAACUUGAAUGCCACAACGACAGCGACUGCGAGCCCAACAAACGUUGCAGCGAAUCGGGCGUUUGCACAAAUCCAUGUCUUCAACAUGGAAUUUGCGGUUUCAAUGCGCAAUGCCGAGUCGUCAAUCGCAACGCCGAGUGCUCCUGUCCACUCGGACAUUACGGCAAUCCAAAGAUUAACUGUAAAAAAGGCAACGAUGAAUGCUUGAGACAACCGUGCGGCGUCAAUGCCAAGUGUCGAGAGUCAGCUAACGGCUUCGAAUGCGUUUGCGAGCCUGGUUGCCGGGGCGAUGGUUUCGAGGGAUGCCUCUGCGACAUAUGCAGAGACGUACAAUGUGGAGUAAAUGCCGCUUGUCGUGUUUACCGAGACCAACCGCAGUGCUAUUGUCCACCAAAUUACCCGUCUGGAGAUCCGCAGAUUGCAUGCAAGCCUGAAAAAGCUGCACCCGAUUGUCGAACAGUCGGCUGCGGCAAGAACGCCGAGUGCAUACGUGAUGGUACUUUGUUCGUGUGCCGGCGUGCAGAGCAAGAAUGUACAAGUGACGCAGAAUGUCCAAAUGAGAAGGCUUGCAUCAACGCUCAGUGCUUGGAUCCAUGCACUCUGCGAGGUGCUUGCGGUAUAAAUGCCUUGUGCCGAGUGGUAUUGCAUCGGCCGCGCUGCUCGUGCCCUCAGUGCUACAUUGGGGUGCCUCAAACAGCCUGCAACCCGGACCCGCGUUGCGACAACAUUAGUCCACGUCCGUCCGAGGGACCGAGCGUCGGUUGCGACCGCGACGCUGAUUGCUCGUCGGGUCUGGCUUGCCAUUCGCAGACGCGCGAGUGCCGCGAUCCUUGCGCCGAUUUCAAGCACAGUUGCGAUCAGAACAAGCGCUGUCAAGUGCGCAGCCACCAACCGAUGUGUGUCUGUAAGUUUGGCUUCGUCGUUAACGAGCUGGGUGAGCUGACCUGCGCCCCGGACACACUAAACUGCCGCAAGGACUACGACUGUCCGUCGAACGAGGCUUGUCUCUCAGGAAAAUGUCAGAAUCCUUGCAGCAGACUCAAGUCACCUUGCCCCGAAGACAAGUCUUGCGAGGUCCUCGAUCACAAGCCGAUCUGCGUUUGCCUGCACGACUGCAGCUCCUCGCUGUCCAUCUGCUUGCGAGACAACGGUUGCUCGGCCGAUCAAGCUUGCCGAAACUACCGCUGCAUUGAUCCCUGCACACAAGCCUCGUGCCCAGCCGAUGCACCCUGCUAUGUUGAAGAGCAUAAGGCUGUCUGCAAGUUUUGCCCUACAGGCUUUGUGCCUGAUGCUUUGUUUGGAUGCCUUAAAGAUGUAAAGUGCUCAGCAGAUCAAGAUUGUCCUUUGAAUCUAUCUUGCAUAAACCAUGAAUGUUUGAAUCCCUGCUCCGUUGGAAGUCCGUGUACACAUCCAGAUGAUUGUACUGUUGAGGCUCAUAGAGCCGUAUGCAAUCAAGCUACAGAACGCAAUGCUACCGAUUGUCCUGACUGCCCGUUUGGUACAAAAUGUGAUGAAGUACAUAAAGUUUGCGUGAAAGCUGGUUGUUCAAGCGAUAGAGAUUGUCCAUUGACGGAGACUUGUAUCAACGAAGUCUGUCAGGAACCGUGUCAACUCAGAAACCCUUGCACUACACAUGCCGUUUGUCUCAAUACUAAUCAUGGUACGGACUGUAGCUGUGAAGAGGGAUAUCAUGGAAAUGGAUUUUCUCUUUGCUCAAAAGUUGAGGGUCCAAAAAAUGUGUGCCAAUAUAACGAAGACUGUCCACCAAAUAAACUAUGUGAUCGAUUGAAUCGACGUUGCAUAAAUGUUUGUUCUUACGACACUUGUGGUGAUAACGCUGAAUGUUACGUAGAAAAUCACCAAGCUAGAUGUAAAUGUUUAGUUGGAUUUGAUGGAAAUCCUGAAAUUUCUUGUAGAGAAAUUUUACACGAUCCUUGCGCUUUAAGCCCUUGUGGUCUUAACGCGUUGUGCGAAAUUGAUAAUGGAAAUCCAAUAUGUUAUUGUCCAAAGGGUUUAACUGGAAAUCCUUUUGAUCAGUGUAUUCCUGAAGGAGAUCAGUGUCAAAAUAACCCUUGUGGUUACAACACUGGCUGUAGGGUGGUUGAUGGUCAAGCAACAUGCUUCUGUUUACCAGGUUAUGAGGGUCAACCACCCGUUAUACCUUGUGAAAUCAAAAAUCAACCAUGCAAUCCAUCUCCAUGUGGACCAAACACGCAAUGUACGGUUCUGAAAAAUGGAUUUUCAAAAUGCACUUGUUUAUCAGGAUUUAUCGAGAGUCCAAAUACUAUCAGAGGUUGCGUUCCUCAAACUGAUCCUUGUGAACCAAAUAUUUGUGGAGCUGGUGCUUCGUGUGAUAGUAAUAGAAAUCCACCUUGUAUCUGCCCCUUUGGAACUGUUGGAAAUCCUUACAAAGCUUGUCUAGCAUUAGGGGAAACAUUAUGUCAACCUGGGCCUUGUGGUGAAAAUGCAGAUUGUUACGUAACAGACAAUCAAGAACAUUGUUAUUGUAGAUAUGGAUUUUAUGGUGACGCAUAUCAAGGGUGUCACGAGCCUCCUAGAACACCAUGUCAACCUAGUCCAUGUGGACCAAACACUGAAUGUAAACUUUCACGAGAUAAUGAAGCCUUGUGCGAAUGUAAACCGAGUAUGGCUGGUGACCCUUACAGUCCAAAUGGUUGUGAUAGGCCCGAAUGUAUAGAAGAUGAUGAGUGCCAUGCAAAUCAAGCUUGUAUUGGGUAUCGGUGUCAAGAUGCUUGUAUCGGAGCUUGUGGAAUAAAUGCUAAUUGCUUCAUUGAAGAUCACCAUCCUAUAUGUCGAUGUCCUGAUGGUAUGGAAGGUAAUCCACAGUACAGAUGCUCAGAGCCAUACGGCCCGCCUCGGGAUACUCUCAACCCAUGUGUACCAAGUCCUUGUGGACAAAAUACUAUAUGCCAAGUGAUUAGUGAGCGGGCGGUUUGCUCAUGUUUACCUGAUUUCCAAGGUGAUCCACAGACUGGCUGCAGACAAGAAUGUACUAUGAACUCAGAUUGUGCUACCGAUCAAGUUUGUCUUCAAUUUAAAUGCAUCAAUCCUUGUGAUUUGGGAACAGUUUGUGGCGGUAAUGCUCGUUGCAAAUGUAUCUAUCACACACCGACGUGUGAGUGUAAUGAUGGUUAUUUUGGCAAUCCAUUCAUUAGAUGUACCAUUAAACCAUCAAUUACUUUUGGUGGAUACAACUAUACACGUCCAUGUGAACCAUCUCCUUGUGGAGACUCCAAUUCUUGUCUUGACUUUACACCAUCUGUUGCCAUGUGCGGUACUUGCGAUCACCAAGGAAGUUUGAAUAAUCCUUACUGUCGACCUGAAUGUUUAUGUAAUGCUGAAUGCCCAUUUGAUCAGGCUUGUAUUGGUUGGAAAUGUGCAGAUCCUUGCCUUGGAUCCUGCGGCGAAAAUUCUCUCUGCCGAGUAGUUCAUCAUACGCCAGUAUGUAGUUGUCCUGCUGGUUUGUAUGGAGAUCCAUAUCAAGGUUGCUAUCAAGUUGUUGAGCAAGAACAUGAUUUAUGCAGCUCAGCACGCUGUGGAGCUAAUGCUAGGUGUGUUGAGCAAAAUGGGAUGACAACUUGUCAGUGCGAACAAAAUUACUUUGGAAAUCCUUACACAGCUUGUCAUUUGGAAUGUUUACAAAAUUCUGACUGUAAAUUAAAUCAAGCAUGUUCUAAUCAUAAAUGCAUUAAUCCUUGCGAGGGGACAUGCGGCACUGGAGCAUCUUGCGACGUCAUAAAUCAUUCUCCUGUAUGUUACUGUGAUGCAGAAUUCACAGGAAAUCCAUUCGUUUUUUGCAAAAAAUUACGUUAUAAUCCACCAUCUAUUUUACGAAAUCCAUGCGAUCCAUCACCUUGUGGACCAAAUAGUAGAUGCACAGUUUCAUCAUCUAAGUUUGCAACAUGUUCUUGUUUACCAGGUUUCCGAGGUAUCCCUCCAGCAUGCAGUCCGGAAUGUAUUGUAAGCUCAGAUUGUUUACAAAUACAAACUUGUGUGAACAUGAAAUGCGUAAAUCCAUGUAAUGGCGUUUGCGGUCAUAGUGCUCUUUGUUCAGUUAUCAAUCACAACCCAAUUUGUACGUGUCCACCUGGAAGCACUGGUGAUCCAUUUUUCAAAUGUUAUCAAGAAGAAGAGAGAAAAGAACUAGAACCACCAACUCAACCAUGCAACCCAAGUCCUUGUGGACCACACUCUGUAUGCCAAGUAAAGAUGGGGCAUCCAGUAUGCUCAUGUCAAAGCAAUUUUAUUGGAAUUCCACCGAACUGCAAGCCAGAGUGCCUAAUUAGUCAAGAAUGUCCGAUAGAAAUGGCAUGCGUUUCGUACAAAUGUGUUCAUCCUUGUCCUCAUAGUUGUGGACCAAAUUCAGAAUGUACAGUAAUUAAUCAUACACCAUAUUGUUCUUGUAAACAGGGUUACGAGGGCGAUGCUUUUGUUGGUUGUACUUUAAAAUUAGCUCUUCCUCAAGAACCUUCAAAUCCAUGUGAUUCUUUUAAUUGUGGUAAUAAUGCACUUUGUACAGUGCACGAAGGAGUUCCAAAAUGCACAUGUAUUCCACCUUAUAUCGGUAAUCCAUACAGUGGAUGUAGACCUGAGUGCAUGAUGAAUUCAGAUUGUAAUAGUAAUUUGGCUUGCAUCAAUCAACAUUGCCGUGAUCCUUGUCAAGGAGUAUGUGGUGUAAAUGCUAUAUGCGAAGUCAUUAAUCACAUUCCAAGCUGCUCCUGUAAACCAGGUUAUACUGGAGAACCUUUCCAGUCUUGUGUAUUGGAAAAGACGAGAGAAGAAGUUUCACCAUGUUCUCCUAGCCCAUGUGGGCCAUAUAGUGUGUGCCGGGUACAAAAAGAUAGAGCUGUAUGUUCCUGCAGUGAUGGAUACCGAGGCUCACCACCUUUUUGCCGUCCUGAAUGUUUAGUUAGUUCUGAAUGUUCUCCGGAAUUGUCUUGCAUUAGGCAAAAAUGCACUGAUCCAUGUCAAGAUUCUUGUGGAUUGAAUGCUAAUUGCAUUGUUAGUAAUCAUAAUCCAAUUUGUAGCUGUCCAAAAGGUUUUGUUGGUGAUCCGUUUACUCAAUGUAUUAGAGAAGAAGUGCGUAGGCCUGAACCAUGUGUUCCAUCUCCUUGUGGACCGAAUGCCGUUUGUCGUGUUCAAGAUAGCCGACCAGUAUGUGCAUGUAAUCGAGGAAUGAUUGGUGCUCCACCGAACUGUCGGCCAGAAUGUUUAAUUGAUCAAGAUUGUCCGAGUUACUUGGCUUGUGGGCAAAAUAACAAAUGUUCUAAUCCAUGUAUAGGAUCUUGUGGUCUUAAUGCUCAAUGCUCCGUGCAUAAUCAUCGACCUGAAUGUCAGUGUUACGAUGGAUACGAAGGAGAUCCAUUUUCGGGAUGUAUUCAAAAAUCUUUAAUACCAGACAGUCCUGACCUUCCAUGCAGCCCAUCACCUUGUGGGUUGAAUGCCAUUUGUACAGAAAAAAGUGGUGCUGGUUCUUGCACAUGCCCACCAGAAUAUAUUGGAGAUCCCUACAUUAGUUGUCGACCUGAAUGUACCCAAAAUUCAGAUUGUCAACAUUCAAAAGCUUGUAUAAAUAACAAAUGCAAGAAUCCGUGUAUUGGAGCUUGUGGAUUAAAUGCUGUUUGUCAAGUAUUUAAUCACCAGCCGACUUGUUAUUGUGUGGAAGGUUUGUCAGGAGAUCCAUUAAAUGCUUGCCAUAUUCCAAUAAUUAAUCCAGCUGGCCCGGAUCCAGUUAAUCCAUGUGAUCCUUCACCUUGUGGCCCAUACAGUAAUUGCAGAGAAGUUGAUGGACACGCUGUCUGUACAUGUCAAAUAAGCUAUAUUGGAACUCCUCCAAGUUGUAGGCCUGAAUGUGUAGUCAGUACAGAUUGCUCUCAAAACCGAGCUUGUAUAUCUCAACGUUGUGAGGAUCCAUGUAUUGGAACAUGUGGAUCUGGAGCUAACUGCCAAGUUAUUAAUCACAAUCCAGUUUGCAGUUGUCCAGAAGGUUUCUCUGGAGAUCCUUUGUUCAAUUGCGUUCUUGUUGAAAAUAGAUCCCCACCAAUAAGUGUGCCAGAAAAUCCAUGCUCUGCAUCAUUUUGUGGUCCAAAUUCACAAUGUAAAGCUAACGAUGGAGUUCCAGCUUGUUCUUGCUUACCGAAUUUCAUUGGUAGACCGCCUAACUGUAGACCAGAAUGUAUUAUUAAUGAAGAAUGCCCUGGAAAUCUUGCUUGUCAAAAUGAAAGAUGCAUCGAUCCUUGCCCUGGAUCUUGUGGAAGCAAUACUUUUUGUAAUAUCGUAAAGCAUAAUCCAGUUUGUAUUUGUAAUGAUGGCUAUACAGGUGAUCCGUUCCGUGGUUGCUCGAUAAUAAUUACUCAAAUAUCUACAACUGAACGGCCUACUCCAUGUAAUCCUUCACCGUGUGGAGCAAAUGCAGUAUGUAAUGAGAGGAAUGGAGUAGGCUCAUGUACUUGCUUAUCAGAAUAUUUUGGUGAUCCUUAUACUGGAUGCAGACCAGAAUGCGUGACAAAUUCUGAUUGUGAUAGAUCCAGAGCUUGUCUCAACAACAAAUGCGUUAAUCCGUGUUUGAAUUCUUGUGGUCCUAUGGCUUCUUGCCGGGUUAUCAAUCACGCACCUUCCUGUUCAUGCUUACCAGAUUACACAGGUGAUCCAACUACUGGAUGUCAUCCGAAAGCUCGCAUUACUGAAAAACCAAUUUCUGAUGCUUGUGAUCCGACACCAUGUGGACCAAAUAGUAAUUGUCGUACUUUGAAUGGUCAUGCUGUUUGCUCUUGUCAAACUGGUUUCAUUGGAACACCACCAACCUGUAGGCCAGAAUGCACAGUCAGUUCAGAGUGUCCACAAAACAAAGCUUGCAUUAAUAACAAAUGUAUUAAUCCAUGUUCUGGUAAUUGUGGUAAAAAUGCGAAGUGUUUGGUACUUAAUCACAAUCCAAUAUGUUCAUGCAUGAAUGGAUAUACUGGAGAUCCUUUCAAAAUAUGCACAGAAGUUCAAAAUGUAUCUCCUAAGAUUCCAGAAAAUCCUUGCAUACCAAAUCCUUGUGGAGAAAAUUCUCAGUGUCGAGAGAUAAACGGGCAACCAGCUUGUUCGUGUUUACUCAAUUUCAUCGGAAGACCUCCAAACUGUCGACCAGAAUGUAAUACCAGCUCAGAAUGUCCAAAUAAUGCUGCUUGUAUUAAUCAAAAAUGCAAAAAUCCAUGCCAAGGUGCUUGUGGAGAGCUAGCAAGAUGCUCAGUGCACAAUCAUUUGCCCGUUUGCACUUGCCCACAAGGAUAUGCUGGAGAUGCAACUAUUCAAUGUAUACAAAUGCUCGUGACUACUACUGAAGAGGCACCAUCAAAUCCAUGCGUACCUAAUCCUUGUGGACCAAAUGCUCAGUGUAGAGAGAGAAACAAUGCUGGCGCUUGUGUUUGUCAAACCAAUUUCUUCGGGGACCCCUAUGAUAUUCAUGUGGGAUGUCGUCGUGAAUGCGAAGCUAACGUAGAUUGUUUACCUCACCUAACAUGCACCGGCUACAAAUGUGUUGACCCUUGUCCAGGAACUUGUGGUACAUUAGCCAUCUGCGUGGUUGAAAGACACAUUCCAACUUGCAAAUGUCCUAGUGGGUUUACAGGCGAUCCUUAUUAUGCUUGCGAAGAGAGCAAAGUUGUGAAAGCACCAAUUGAUCCAUGCUUACCAUCACCCUGUGGCCCUAAUAGUAAGUGCCGAGCAGUUAAUAGUCAACCAGUCUGUACGUGCCAACCGAAUUACAUUGGAGAACCUCCAAGAUGUCGACCAGAGUGCCGGGUCAGUGCAGAAUGUGCAUCAAAUUUGGCCUGCAUAAAUAAUAAAUGUUUAGAUCCAUGUCCAAAUACUUGCGGCCUGAAAGCUCAGUGUACAGUCAAAAAUCAUAGUCCUAUAUGCACAUGCCCUGCAGGAUUUACUGGAAACCCAUUCUCUCAAUGUAUAGUUGAUCAAAGAGAUGAGGACAUAACAGAACGUCCUCCAUCUUGCACUCCUUCACCAUGUGGGCCUAACUCUAAGUGCCAAAUUAUCGCCGGUAGCCCUGCUUGCUCUUGCUUAGCUGAUUACAUUGGACUGCCACCUGAUUGUCGACCAGAAUGUUUAGUUAAUUCAGAGUGCAAUAGUGAAUUGGCUUGCAUCCAAAAUAAAUGCCAAGAUCCUUGCAAUGGUUCUUGCGGAUUAUAUGCACAGUGCCAUGUUCUAAAUCAUAUUCCUAUUUGUACAUGUAUUGAAGGUUUCACUGGAGAUCCGUUUUCACAAUGCUCAUCUGAGCCGAGCCGAGCACCAUCUCCACCAAAUCCGUGCAAUCCAUCUCCUUGUGGACCGAAUGCUAUUUGCAAUAAUGGUGAUUGUGAAUGUUUGCCUGAAUUUAUUGGUAAUCCAUUUGAAGCCUGCAGGCCCGAGUGCACAAUUAGUUCAGAAUGUCCUCGAGAUAAAAUGUGUAUUAGAAAUAAAUGCAGUAACCCAUGUCCAGGCACGUGUGGUCAAAAUGCGCAAUGUGAUAUGAUUAAUCACAUACCAAUAUGCUCGUGUCCUUCUGGUUAUGUAGGAGAUCCUUUUAUUAGUUGUCGGGCUCAACCAAUAAGUGUUGAACCUUCACUGAAUCCAUGUGAUCCUUCACCUUGUGGACCAAACAGUAUUUGUAAAAAUGUUCAAGAACAUGCAGUUUGCUCUUGUUUGUCCGGUUACAUUGGAACACCACCUUCAUGUAGACCAGAAUGCGUGGUUAGUUCUGAAUGUUCACCAACAAGAUCGUGCAUCAACAAUAAGUGUACUGAUCCAUGUUUAGGAUCUUGCGGCUUAAACGCACGUUGUGAAGUAAUUAAUCAUUCGCCAAUAUGUAGCUGUCAACCAGGUCAAACCGGUGAUCCUUUCAAAAGUUGUUUUGAGCAACCAUUACCAGCUCCAGGACCUAAAAUUGAUGCAUCUCCAUGUAGUCAAUCACCAUGUGGACCGAAUUCUGUUUGUCAGGACAUUAACGGCAGCCCUGUUUGUUCUUGUCAACAAAACUAUACGGGUAUACCGCCAAACUGCAGGCCUGAAUGUAUUAUAAAUCCAGAUUGUCACUCUAGCAAAGCCUGUAUUAAUGAACGUUGUCAAGAUCCUUGCGCUGAAUCUUGUGGAGAAAAUGCUGAAUGUUCAGUGAUCAAUCAUGCAGCUAUUUGUACUUGCUCUCCUGGUUUUACAGGAAAUCCAUUUAUACAAUGUCUGCAACUUACAGAAGCACCCCUUAAUCCUUGCGAGCCAUCACCUUGUGGUUCUAACGCAAUUUGUCAGCGUAAGGAUAAUGCUGGUGCAUGCUCUUGCAUUGACGAUUAUCAUGGAAAUCCAUAUGAAGGAUGUCAACCAGAGUGUACUCAUAGCUCAGACUGUCAGACCAAUAAAGCUUGCUUGCGAAAUAAAUGUGUAGAUCCGUGUCCUGGUAUUUGUGGUACUAAUGCUCAAUGCAAUGUUGUCAACCAUAUUCCAACUUGUACGUGUCAGCCAGGCUACAACGGUGACCCGUUUGUUGGUUGCACUUUUGAACCAGUUACAGAACCACCCAGUUUCCGCCAAGAACCGUGCAGUCCUUCGCCAUGCGGCCCGUACAGUAAUUGUCGUAAUAUCAAUGAUCAAUCGGUUUGCUCAUGUCAAGAAGGAUACUAUGGCUCACCACCUAAUUGCAAACCAGAAUGUUUAGUCAAUUCUGAAUGUCCACAAAAUCGUGCUUGUUAUAAGAAUAAAUGUAACGAUCCUUGUCCUGGAACAUGUGGAAUUGGAGCUCAAUGCAGAGUUAUCAACCAUAACCCUCUGUGCAGUUGUCCAGCUGGUUUCACGGGUGAUCCAUUUUCACAAUGUUACGAAGAACCAAAAACAGCCCCACCAGUUCAAUCAGAAAAUCCAUGUGCAUUGAAUCCUUGUGGACUGUAUGCUGAAUGUCGCAGAGUUGGCAACCAAGCAAGUUGUAAAUGUAAAAAGAAUUACAUAGGCUCACCUCCCAAUUGCCGUCCAGAAUGUGUAGUCAAUACAGAUUGUGCCUCAAAUCAAGCUUGUAUAUCUGAAAAAUGUCGAGAUCCUUGCAUCGGCUCGUGUGGCCAAAAUGCAGAUUGUCGAGUUCAAAAUCACAUACCAACUUGUCUUUGCAAAGCAGAUUUUACUGGAGAUCCUUUUACUCUUUGCUCGCCAAUUGAAAGUACGUAUAACAAUAGCACUAUGCCACCAAAAUCUAACGAUAUUUGCCAGUGUGGCUCUAACGCUCAGUGCGAUGCAAAUAAUGUAUGCAAGUGUUCACCGAACUAUUUUGGCGAUCCGUAUACGGCUUGUCGUCCCGAAUGUACCAUUAACUCUGAAUGUUCACGUAAUAAAGCCUGUAUCAAUCAUAGAUGCAAGGAUCCAUGCAUUGGAACGUGUGGUAACAAUGCUAUUUGCAAUGUUGUGAACCACAUCCCCAUGUGUAGUUGUCCUCCAGAUAUGACAGGCAAUCCAUUCUCAGCUUGUAAAAUCAUACCAAAGAUUCGUGUAAAUAAACCAUGCUCACCAUCGCCUUGUGGUCCCAACAGUAUUUGCAAAGCUAUUGAAAAUCAUGCAGUGUGUUCUUGUCAACCCUCAUUCACCGGCAGUCCUCCUGCUUGCAGACCUGAAUGUGUCGUUAGUUCAGAAUGUCCCUUAGAGCAAGCUUGUUUGAAUAAUAAAUGUCAAGAUCCAUGUCCAGGAUCUUGUGGUCAAAAUGCCAAGUGUCUUGUGAUAAAUCAUAAUCCAAUAUGUAGCUGUUAUGAGCGAUAUACCGGGGAUCCAUUUAGCAGCUGUUAUCCAGCGAAAAGUAAGUUUCCAUUAAAACCUGAAAAUCCAUGUCUACCGUCGCCUUGUGGUCCCAAUGCAGAAUGCAAAGUACGCGGUGAUUCAUUCGCUUGUUCAUGCAUGAAAAAUUACAUUGGUGUACCACCUAAUUGCCGACCAGAGUGUACAAUCAAUCCAGAAUGCCCACCUAAUUUAGCAUGCAUGCAGCAGAAAUGUCGCAAUCCAUGUGAAGGAAUUUGUGGUACAAACGCACGGUGUACUGUUGUCAAUCAUAAUGCAGUAUGUUCUUGCAUCGAAAAUUAUCAAGGAGAUCCCUUCUCAUUAUGUCAACCAGUUAUAAAACAACAAGGUGAUAUGAUCGUAAACCACCAACUCAGUCCCUGUACACCAUCCCCAUGUGGCUCUAACGCCAUUUGUAAAGCUCGAAAUGGUAUAGGUUCCUGCCGAUGCAAGCCAGAUUAUUUUGGUAACCCCUAUGAAGGAUGCAUUCCUGAAUGUACCCUCAAUUCUGAUUGUACCUCAAACUUGGCUUGUCUGCGAUUUAAAUGCCAAAAUCCUUGCCCUGGAAUUUGUGGUCAGAAUGCUGAAUGUUAUGUCAUUAACCACAUACCGAACUGUUCGUGUCCAGCAGGAUUUACUGGUGACCCAUUCACAUACUGUCUUCCUUAUCAAGUGCCACCUAUUAAUGAAAAAUACGAUCCAUGUACUCCUUCAAUGUGUGGGCCUAAUUCUAAUUGUCGUAUAAUUAACGAUGAAGCCAUAUGCUCAUGUAAACCUACGUUUAUUGGAAGCCCACCAAGGUGUCGAUCAGAAUGUGUUAUCAAUUCUGAGUGCUCCUUGGAUCAUGCCUGCGUUAAUCAAAGAUGUAUUAACCCUUGCCCUGAACCAUGUGGUUUGAAUACCAUUUGUAAAGUCAUUAAUCAUAGCCCAAUCUGUUCGUGUAAACCAGGCUAUUCUGGAGAUCCAUUCACUCGAUGUACAAAAAUAUUUUUUCCAGAAUCUAUAAUUGAAUUAGAUCCUUGCGUACCUUCUCCAUGUGGACCAAACUCCGAUUGUCAAGUAAUAGGUUCUUUGGCAUCGUGUUCAUGUUUAUCGCAAUAUAUAGGGAGUCCUCCUUAUUGCAGACCAGAGUGUGUCAUUAACUCUGAUUGUCCCGGAAACCAAGCUUGUAUGAACCAGAAAUGUAGGAGUCCAUGCGAUGGUUCUUGCGGUUAUAGAGCUAUUUGUAAUUGCAUUAACCAUAUACCCAUUUGUUCUUGUCCAAAAUCAUUUAUUGGGGAUCCAUUCGUAGAAUGUCAACCUGAAAUACCAUAUGCCCAACCUUGUAAGAUAAAAACGAAUUCUUGUCACUCUUCACCUUGUGGAGCAAAUGCUAAUUGUAAUGAUGGAAUAUGUAGGUGCAUUGAAAAAUAUCAAGGAAAUCCAUACAUAGCUUGCAGACCCGAAUGUGUUUUAAACAGUGAAUGUUCCAUGAAUCAGGUUUGCAGUAAUAACACUUGUAUUGAUCCAUGUAUUGGCACAUGCGGUGUAUCGGCUACUUGUAACGUUUAUAAUCAUAUUCCCAUAUGCACGUGUCCCGAGAAAUUCACAGGGGAUGCAUUCGUGGCAUGUUAUCCUUACGAAGGAGCAGUUCAAAAUCUCUGUUAUCCAUCUCCAUGUGGUCCAAACAGUUUUUGUCAAGAAUUAGCAGGGCAAAUAAUUUGUUCUUGUCUAAGUGGUUAUUUAGGAACCCCGCCAAGUUGCAGACCAGAAUGUAUCACUAGUUCUGAAUGUCUUCGAAACCAAGCAUGUAGCAAUCAAAAAUGUAUCGAUCCUUGCAUAGGUGCGUGUGGUAUAAAUGCAAUAUGUCAAGUUAUUCAUCAUACACCAAUAUGUCGUUGUCCAGAAAAUUGGACUGGAGAUGCUUUUAAUUAUUGUGAAAAGAAUGUUCAAAUAAAAGAAUCUCCGAUAAAAACUUGCGUACCAUCACCAUGUGGCCCUAAUGCCAUAUGCGAAGUAGCAGAUAAUUUACCUUCAUGUUCUUGUUUGCCUGGAUACUUUGGUUCUCCUCCCAAUUGUCACCCAGAAUGUGUUAGUAAUAAUGAAUGCCUCAUACAUUUAGCUUGUAUAAAGCGUUCUUGCAAAGAUCCAUGUGAAGGAUCGUGUGGAUCCAAUGCCAAAUGUCACGUUGUCAGCCAUACACCUAUAUGUUCUUGUUUACCUCAAUACACAGGAGAUCCUUUUUCGCAGUGUUACCAAUUACCCAAACCUGUGUACGAAUCUACUAGUCCAUGUGUACCAACACCUUGUGGGGCAAAUGCCAUUUGUAGAGAAAAAAAUGGAGUUGGAUCAUGCGUUUGUGUAACUAACUUCAUUGGGAAUCCUUAUCAGGGCUGCCGUCCAGAAUGUUCUAUAAACACGGACUGUGCUUCAAAUUUAGCAUGUUUCCGAUAUAAAUGCAUCGACCCAUGUCCUGGACUUUGCGGACAAAAUGCUAUAUGUCACGUAGUUAACCAUUUACCAUCUUGUUUUUGUCUAAAUGAAUAUACAGGAGAUCCUUUUUCAUUUUGUCGUAAAAUUGUCCGAGAUGAUAUCAUUGAGCAUCAAAUUAAUCCUUGUACUACAAAUGUAUGUGGCUCCAACAGUGAGUGUCAAUUAAAAAAUGAACAAGUUGUUUGUUCAUGUAAAAAGGGAUAUCUCGGAUCUCCACCAGGUUGCCGUCCAGAAUGUACAAUAAAUUCCGAGUGUCCAAAUGAGAAAUCUUGUCACAAAAAUAAAUGUCGCAAUCCAUGCCUUAAUGUUUGUGGUAUAAACGCACAUUGCAGAGUGAUAAAUCAUAGUCCUAUUUGUUUUUGUAAAAAUGGAUUCUCAGGAGAUCCGUUUGUUUCUUGCAAUCUUGAAAAACAAAGCAAUCGAAGUGAAAUUAUCGAUACACCUUGUCAACCUUCUCCAUGUGGGCCUUACUCUAAAUGCCAAGAAAUCAAUAAAAGCGCCAUUUGUUCUUGUCGAAAUACCUACUUAGGCUCUCCUCCAAAUUGUAAACCCGAAUGUUUCAUCAAUACAGACUGUCCUCAUAAUUUGGCUUGCAUAAAAAAUAAAUGUUUAGAUCCCUGCCUAGGAUCUUGUGGGUUUCAAACAAUAUGUAAUGUAUUUAACCAUAUACCUAUUUGCAAAUGUUUAGAAGGAUAUUCAGGAGACCCUUUCACGUCAUGUCAAGCGACUACUGAUUCAUGCAGUCCUUCUUUAUGUGGUAUAAAUACUAAUUGUAUAAAUGGUAUUUGUUCUUGUAAGCCCACAUUUACGGGAAAUCCUUACACCGAGUGCAGGCCUCAGUGUAUAAUGAACGAAGAAUGCCCUCAAAAUAAAGCAUGCAUCCGAAAUAAAUGCGAAGAUCCCUGCAUAGGAAUUUGUGGCCAAAAUGCACAAUGCGUUGUAUCAAAUCAUUUGGCCAUAUGUAUAUGCCCAGAAAAUACGAGUGGACAAGCAUUAAUUUCCUGCAUCCCUCAUAGAGAACCAGAAGAGCCAACAGCUAUAGUAAGUCCAUGUCACCCAUCGCCAUGUGGUGUUAAUACAAACUGUCGAGAACGUUAUGAGCAAGCGACUUGCGAGUGCUUACCUGAUCAUCGAGGUGAUCCUUAUGUUGGAUGUUAUCCUGAGUGCUUGGCCAACAACGACUGUCCCAAUAACCGAGCUUGUCUAAGACAUAAAUGUAUUGAUCCAUGCGAUGGUACUUGUGGUAUAGGGGCUACUUGUACAGUAUCCAACCACGUUCCAGUAUGCUCAUGUCCAUAUCCCACUGUAGGCGAUGCAUUUACUGUGUGUAAGACACUUGAAGGUCCAAAAUCACCUGAAAAUCCGUGUUUACUUAAUACUUGUGGUCCCCAUACGACGUGCGAAAAUGUAAACGGUCGUGCUCUAUGCCGUUGUUUGCCAGGGUUAUUAGGCGAUCCCUCUGAUGUUGCUGGAUGUCAUCCUGAGUGCGUACUAAGCUCUGAUUGUCCUGGUGAUAAAACAUGUGUCAAUUUCCGGUGUAAAGAUCCGUGUCUUGAAAAUGUAUGCGGUAUCAAAGCUACAUGCAGAGCUAUGAAUCAUAGUCCACUUUGCAGCUGUCCAGCACCACUCGUAGGCAAUCCAUUUGAAGAAUGCUAUCACAAAGAAGGUGUAGAUUUAUGCAAUCCGAAUCCGUGCUCUAGCAACGGCGAGUGUCGAGUACGUAACCGAGUUGCUACCUGCAUCUAUCCAGAGUGCGUUGUUAAUUCCGAUUGUGGCCGAGACAAAGCAUGUUUUUCACAAAAAUGUCGAGAUCCUUGUAUCGGCUCUUGUGGAAUCAAUUCAGUUUGUCGAACGGUUAACCAUAAACCCGUCUGUUCUUGCCCAAGUGGUUUUAUGGGAAAUCCACAUCUUGAAUGUCAAGCUGUUACCGAACGACUUCCUCCGCCAGAGUGCACCGAUAAUUCAGAAUGCACUAAUGAUAAAACAUGCCAUAACGCAAAAUGUGUCGAUCCUUGUACGCUCAAUAGUUGUGGGCAGAAUAGUCAAUGUCAUGUUCAAUUGCAUAGAGCCGUCUGUGUCUGUGGAUCAGGUUACACUGGCAAUCCACAUUUGUCUUGUCGGGAACUUGGCUGUCGAGGAAAUGACGAAUGCCCCUUCAGUCAAGCAUGCAUAAAUAAUGAGUGCACAGAUGCUUGCUUAAUCACGCAAUGUGGUGUGAAUGCUUUGUGCAACGUUGAUGGCUACCACAAAGCAAGAUGUUACUGUCAAGAAGGUUAUUAUGGAAAUCCAUACGAAAUCUGUGAACGUCCUGAAUGCACCAGCGAUGAUGAGUGCUCCGAAAGUUUAUCUUGUCGUAAUUCACAUUGUGUCAGUCCCUGUGACUGCCCACAUAGUGCUCAGUGCCAUGUUAUCAACCAUAGAGCAGUCUGCAAGUGUCCUCCAGGUUAUACUGGCGAUGCUUACUCGCAAUGUGUUCGAGUACGAGAACAUUCGGAGUGUAAAAUCGAUGCCGAUUGCCCAAGCAAGUUGGCAUGCUUCGAUAACGUUUGCAGAAAUCCUUGCGAUGCUUCCCAGCCAUGCAUACCGCAAGCUAAAUGUACAGUUGUUGAUACUUUACCAAUGAGAACAAUGAUAUGCGAAUGUCCGCGAGAUUUCGUUGGUGAUGCUACUUCAUCUUGUGUCAAAGCUGAAUCAUCGUCAGAAGCUGUAUGCCAAUCAAAUUCUCAGUGUUCAUCCAACUUGGCUUGCCUGAAUCAGCGUUGUAUCAGUCCUUGCUUAGCCAAUCCUUGUGCACAUACUGCAGAGUGUCUCGUUGAAAAUCAUCAACACAUUUGUAAAUGUCCAGUCGGUUACGUCGGCGAUCCUUACGUUGACUGCGAUUCUGACUCAAUUCCACAUCCAGAGUGUAGAACCAAUUCAGACUGUCCCUCGGAUAAGGCUUGCAUUAACAGCAUUUGCCAAAAUCCAUGCAUGAACAACCGUUGCGGUUUGAAUGCAGAAUGCGUAACUAUUCAACAUCACCCAACCUGCCAUUGUCAACGAGGCCUGGCCGGUAAUCCACAAAUUCAGUGUUUCGAAGCUGAAUGCAAAAGUGACCCAGACUGCCCUUACGAUAAGGCUUGUCGCAAUAAUGUAUGCGUAACACCUUGCCUGGUGGACAACAUUGUUUGCGGUCGAGGGGCCGAAUGUCGAGCUGUAGCUCAUCAAGCUCAAUGUUCGUGCCCAGUCGGUACACAAGGAGAUGCUCACAUUGCUUGUACCACCUCGCGGUGUCAAUACAAUGAAGAUUGUGCUGACCACGAAGUCUGUGAACGUUUCAAUCGCAUUUGUAGACCAGCCUGCGAUGAAAGUAGCUGCGCCGAAGGUGCGGUUUGCCAAGCACGAGCUCAUCAACCCAGAUGUCACUGCAGAGCUGGUACCUUUGGAAAUCCAUUCGUGGAAUGUGUUGAUUCGGGAAAAAAUCCAGUCAGUAAACCAGAAUGUACAGAAGAUAGCCAGUGUCCAUCUGCAGAAGCAUGCAUUAAUUCUCUUUGUCAAGAUCCAUGUGCACUCUCAAAUAUGUGCAGUACAGAUCAAGAAUGCCGAGUUCUUGGUACAGUACCAGUACGAACGAUGAUUUGUCAGUGUCCUCCUGAAACAGUUAUAGAUAUCAGUGGAAAAUGUAAAAAAAUUGCUUAUACUCCUCAAUGUACAUUUGAUGAUGAAUGUAGAGAUACUGAAAAAUGUAUGAAAGGUAAUUGCAUCGAUGCUUGUCAUAUUACUAAGUGCGGUUUUAACGCACAAUGUAAAUCGGCUUUCCACACUGGAAACUGCAUGUGUCCAUCAGAUCAUACUGGUAAUGCUCACGUUGAAUGCUCUCUGAUUCCAAUAACUCAAAUACAACCAGAAUUUGCUGAGUGCUAUACGAAUAAGGAUUGUCACGAAGAUCGUCAAUGUAUAAAUUCAAUUUGCAUUAAUCCAUGUUCUACUGGAGACGUAUGUGGAAUAAAUGCUCUGUGUCAUGUUGAUAAUCAUAAUCCAGUAUGUAAAUGUCCUAAUCAUUACAUGGGCGACGCUAAAAUUGAGUGUAUACCUCCUGCUCUCGUGGUUCAAUGCCAUACUAGCAAUGAGUGUGGGAUCACGGAAUCUUGUUUCAAUGGACUUUGUAUCAGUCCUUGCAACUGCGGGCCAAACGCCAAAUGUUUAGUCACCAAUCACUAUCCUUCUUGCAUUUGUCAGCCAGGUUAUUCAGGAAAUCCACAAAUAGGUUGCGUUAAAGUUGAGUGUGAAAGUGACAAUGACUGCACCAACACCGAUACAUGUUUCAAUAAUCAAUGUAUCAAUCCUUGCAUACUCGAAAAUCACUGCAGUAUAAAUGCCGAAUGCGUAGCUCAAAACCACCGAGCAAACUGCCAGUGCCGAGUUGGUUAUAUUGGUAAUGCCGAAGUUUUGUGUGAACGAGCCGAGUGCAGCAGCGAUCACGACUGUCCAUCUGAGCUAGCUUGUCGUGGUUCACGAUGCAUCAAUCCGUGCAGCAGUGAUUCACCGUGUGCACGCAAUGCCAAGUGUUUUGUAGUCAACCAUGAAAUGUACUGCAGGUGCCCAGAGGGUUCUCCUAGCGGUAACCCUUAUUCUUACUGUGAGAGUCGAGCCGUUAAUCUUGCAGAUGAUGAGCCCGAAUGUCGGGCAGACAGCGAUUGCCCGAGUAAGCUAGCUUGCAUCAACUAUCGCUGUAUCGAACCUUGUCCAAGUAUAAAGCCUUGUGACCACAGUGCUGAAUGUCAUGUUCUCGACACCUUCCCUGUGCGCACUAUGGUUUGUACUUGUCCAGAUGGAUGGAUUUCAGAUGUCGAUGGCAUCUGUAAACCACUAUUGUUGUCAAACAAAGCCUCUUGUACCACGGACGACGAUUGCCACGAGAAUGAAAGCUGCGUAAACCGGCAGUGUCGCGAAUCGUGUGCUAUCUGUGGUACCCAUUCUAUCUGUCAAGUCCAUAAGCAUCGGGCAGUAUGCUCUUGUGAGCCAGGCCAUGAAGGAGAUCCAGAGCGCGGUUGCGUACCAGCGCAGUGCUCGCGCGAUGACGAAUGCGCAGACGACCGCUCCUGCGUGGCUGGAAGCUGCGUACAUCCAUGUUUGCUGUCGGAUGUUUGUGGACCUCACGCUGAAUGUUACGCUGCAAAUCACGUUGCCGAAUGUCGCUGCCGCGCAGGCUCACAUAGUGAUACUCAGCUAAGCUGCAAGGUGGUCGGUUGCUACAGUAACAGCGAUUGUCCGAGCGACUUUGCCUGCGUGAACAUGCUCUGUGUAGACCCUUGCCUGCGCGAGCAUGGCUGCUCUCGACGUUCCGAGUGUCGAGCGCGCAACCAUCUUCCAAUCUGUCGCUGUCCACCCCAUCAUCAUGGAAAUCCAUAUGUAGCUUGUGAGCCGGAAGAACAGCCCGAAUGUCGUCGUGACGGCGAUUGUCUAGAACAACAAGCUUGCCUCAAUAACCGCUGCGUUGAUCCUUGCGCUGUUAUAGAGCCUUGUUAUGCCCCUUCUGAGUGUCGCGUCUUACCAAGCCUACCAGUGCGUACUAUGAUCUGUACCUGUCCGAGUGGCUACAUCAGCAGUGGAAGUGGCACCUGCCAACCCGUUACUUCUCUAAUAACUCUUGAAUGUACAACAGACAGCGACUGCGCUUCAGAGCGUGCUUGUAUCAAUGCUAUUUGCAAGGAUCCAUGCGCUUGUGGUUCGAAUGCCGUUUGCAAUGUUCUUGAUCACAAACCCAUCUGUUCGUGCAUCGCUGGUUAUGAUGGAAAUCCAGAUGUUGAAUGUCGGCCAGUUGGUACAUGCCGAUCUAAUGACGAAUGUCUUGGCACACAAGCGUGCAUUAAUCGACAGUGCAUAUCUGUUUGUGCACCUUCUUUAGAAACUUGUGGAAAGAAUUCUGAAUGUUAUGGUCUCGAACAUCGAGCUAUUUGUGAGUGUCCUGCUGGAUAUAGUGGCAAUCCAGCCGUAUUAUGUACACUCAUUGUUGGUUGCCGUAAAGACACUGACUGUCCGUCAGACAAAGCAUGUAUAAAUGAGCUUUGCGAAAAUCCUUGUUCUCAAAAUCUUUGUGCCCCGGAUACUGAAUGUAGCGUUUACAACCACGUAGCAGAAUGUUCUUGUCCACCUGGUUAUACCGGUCACGAUAUCCAUCAUUGCGUACCAGUGGGUUGUCGAAGUGAUGACGAGUGUCCAUCGAAGCACUCUUGCCUCAACAGAAAAUGUGUAAAUCCAUGUGAAGAGAUAAGGCCGUGUGGUGUUAAUGCAAUUUGUACAGUUUUGGACACUCAUCCCAUACGAACAAUGACAUGCGACUGUUUACCAGACUAUCAUGGAAACGCUAUAGAACACUGUGAACCAAUUUGUGAGUUGGAAAAAGGUCAAAUUCGUAAUGAAUACGGAGAAUGUGUAUGUCCACCAAAUCAUGCAAAGAAUGAUAAAAGCAUAUGUAUACCAUGUUAUCCUGAAACAGGAGUAAUGAUCGAUGAAAACGGAAUGUGUAGAGCCAAAAAGUUCGAAGAUUUCAAGAAAUCGAUGAGUGUAAAAUGUCUCUCAGAUGGUGUACUGGUUACAUUGGUCGGCCAAGGCGAAGCUUUUAACGGUAUUAUAUAUGUGAAACAUUACAGUUCCAACGAAGAAUGUAGGAGAGAUCUUAAAUUUUAUAAAGAUCAACAAGUUGUCGAAGAAUUCAAGGUCACCUUUGGUACAUGUGGAUUAUCUCAUGUUAACGGAGUUGCUAGCUUUACCUUGGUUAUUCAGAGACAUAAAAAGCUUAUGACUUACAAUGCACAAGCUUACAGUAUUAAGUGUUUGUAUCAAAUUGGAGAGCAGAAUAUCACUCUUGGUUUUAAUGUAUCCAUGAUGACUACUGCUGGUACAAUUGCGAAUACUGGACCUCCACCAACAUGCAGAAUGAAAAUUGUUAGUCAAAAUGGUAACGAAAUUAGUCAAGCUGAAAUCGGCGAUGGAUUAAGACUGCAAGUAGAUGUUAGCCCAACGACAAUUUACGGAGGAUUUGCUCGUUCUUGCGUUGCAAAGACGACAGAGAAUGAAGUAGAAAAUGAGUACAUUGUGACAGAUGAAAAUGGAUGUGCGACUGAUCCGAGUAUUUUUGGCGAAUGGGAACAAGAUCCCGAUACUCAAACUCUUAUGGCAAACUUUAACGCCUUUAAAUUUCCCAGUAGCGACAAUAUUCGUUUCCAAUGUAAUAUUCGAGUAUGCUUUGGAAGGUGUCAACCGGUAAACUGUAGAGGAUACAACGCUUUUGGGCGCAAAAAACGGGACGUCACGAAUGUUAAUGACACGGCGAUUCACUUGCCUGAAAACAUAAUAGGAGACGAACGUGGAAAUAUAAAUGUUACCUCAAAUUCUAUAGUAACCAUCGAAAGAAGAGAGGAUAGAUAUCCAUUAUAUCAACCUAAUGAUCCGUCACCACGGCUGUCCGAGGAUGUUUGCAUUUCUACGGCUGGCUUUGUGAUUUCGUUGAUCAUUACGGCGCUUUUAGCACUAGUCGCAGUAGCUAUUGUUGUGUCAUGUUGGUUGAUGGCGUACCGACGUCAACCAAAAACUGCUGGUCCCUUGCCACAUCCACCAGAGUUCCCAAAUCCUUUAUUUACAACAGAAUCAGUAGCUGAGCCAUCACCUGAUUACUACAUCACGUAAACUGCUAAUAUUGCUCGUAAACCACAAUAUUUCCAACAAUGAAAAGGUGCAAUUAAAAUUCAUCAAUUUUUAUAAAAAAUUUCUAGUAUAAUAAAUAAAUUAUUGUUUAACUUACGAUAUUAUAUUAAAACGAAAAAACAUGAAGUUUUCUUAAAGUAGUAUGGGUAAUUAAUGUAAUAUGGAGAAUGCGCCAAAGAGCUCCGAUUAAUCUUGUCCGUCCUAUGAAAUGAUCGCGUUGCUCAGCGGAAUUAGCAUUUUCGACUCAAGCAUCUCCUCCAAUGACUGGUUGUCAAUAUUUUAUUUACCAUAUCUAUCAAUAUUUACAAUAUGCAAUGUGCAUAGCUUAAUUUUUUCCCAAGUAUAAUAUUUUGAAAAGUGUGUUAUUCUUUGUGUAGUUGUAUACUUCAGUUACUGCGAAGAAAAUGAAUGUUGCUGACGAAUGUGUCAGUGUGUAAACACGAUUUGUGAUUUUUUAUUAUUAUUCUGUAAUUCAUACAUGUCCAAGGUGAUGG